GUACCACUCSCCCGCCAGACGCGCUCCGGGCUUCUCCUCUUCCUCCGACGCGGGGCGGCUGCCCAGACAUCCCCGCCUCUAGGUCUGGAGAACUCCCGAACCCGCCCGCGGAGUAGAGCGAGGCCGGGAGUCUAGCGGUCCCCAAGRCGCUCUUUGUCGUAGAGACGCGGGGACUAGACCCUGGGAUCAGCGGAGGAGGGCGGCGCGGGCACUGACGCGAGUUGGGACCAGGACAACCCGCCGCUGGCAGGGGGAUGCGCCAGCCCUGGCAGACAACCUAACAGGGUGCACGCGCCAGGCGGAGCGCGCAGGUGGGACUGCGCUCUCCGUGGUCCGCCCCGCGCGGGUCCCCUGCUGGCCGGAGGAUGGGCACUGGUGCCCCAGGGCUGCGCCCGCCGCUGCUGCCCCCACCGCGAGCCCGGCGUCAGGCUGGCGUCCCAUGCUCAUGGACGGCGGCUCCCGGCUGGCGGCGGCGCGCUCCCGGGCUGUGAAUGCGACUCUCCCUGUGUCCGCGCUCCCCGCCCGCCCGCCCGCCGGGACGUGGUAGGGGAUGCCCAGCUCCACUGCGAUGGCAGUUGGCGCGCUCUCCAGUUCCCUUCUGGUCACCUGCUGCCUGAUGGUGGCUCUUUGCAGUCCGAGCAUCCCUCUGGAGAAGCUGGCCCAGGCACCAGAGCAGCCGGGCCAGGAGAAGCGCGAGCACGCGUCUCGGGACGGCCCGGGGCGAGUGAGCGAGCUCGGGCGCGCAGCGAGAGACGAGGGCAGCAGUGCCCGGGACUGGAAGAGCAAGAGCAACCGUGGGUUCUCCAGCCGCGAAGCGUGGAGCAAGCAGAAGCAGGCCUGGGGUGUCCAAGGCGGGGGCUCCAAGGCCGGGGACUUGCAGGUCCGACCUCGCGGGGACACCCCCCAAGGGGAGAUCCCGGCCGCAGCCGCCCAGGACGCGAUCAGCCGGGAACUCGCGCCUACGCCAGAGCUGCCUGAGGAGUACGCGUACCCAGACUACCGAGGGAAGGGCUGCGUGGACGAGAGUGGCUUCGUGUACGCUAUUGGGGAGAAGUUCGCGCCGGGUCCCUCUGCCUGCCCGUGCCUGUGCACCGAGGAGGGGCCGCUGUGCGCACAGCCUGAGUGCCCGAGGCUGCACCCCCGCUGCAUCCACGUCGACACCAGCCAGUGCUGCCCGCAGUGCAAGGAGAGGAAGAACUACUGCGAGUUCCGGGGCAAGACCUAUCAGACUUUGGAAGAGUUCGUGGUGUCUCCAUGUGAGAGGUGCCGCUGUGAAGCCAACGGUGAAGUGCUCUGCACAGUGUCGGCUUGUCCCCAGACAGAGUGUGUGGACCCCGUGUAUGAGCCUGACCAGUGCUGUCCCAUCUGCAAAAAUGGUCCAAACUGCUUUGCAGAAACUGCUGUCAUUCCAGCUGGCAGAGAAGUGAAGACCGACGAGUGCACCAUAUGUCACUGUACUUAUGAGGAAGGAACAUGGAGAAUUGAGCGGCAGGCCAUGUGCACGAGACACGAAUGCAGGCAGAUGUAGACACUUCACAAUAUAAAAACUCUCACGUUUUUCUAGACCCUUUUACUGAUGUGAACAUUCUAGAUGACUGGGAAGUAUCAAUCAAAAGGAGAAGACUUUUGAUAAGGAAUCAUGGAAAAUAGUUGGUACAUUUGCUUUUCUUGGUAACAAUUACUGCAAAAGAAGGAGAUGGAUAUAUUUCAAAACAUCAACAAGAACUUUGGGCAUAAAAUCCCUCUCUAAAUAAAUGUGCUAUUUUCACAGUAAGUACACUAAAGUACACUAUUAUAUAAUAAAUGUAUUUCUAUAAUCCCUCUAUUAGAGAGCUUAUAUAAAUGUUUUCUAUAGAUACAGAUUAAAAAUGCUGUGCUGUCAACCGUC